AUGCCCAGCUCUACUGCAAUGGCAAUUGGAGCUCUCUCUAGUUCUCUCCUCGUUACCUGCUGCCUCAUGGUUGCCCUCUGUAGCUCCACCGUCCCCGUACAAAAACUGGCCAAGGCUCAAGACAAACAGGAGAUAAAGGCGAGCCAGGAAAAGAGGGAUCACACGUCUACAAGGGACAGCCAGACAGGUCCAGGGAAAAUGAACGAGAUCGGCAGGAGCGGGAGGGAGGAGGGUAGCAGGGACUGGAAGAGCAAAGGAAACAGAAACUACUCGAACAAGGAGUCUUGGACUAAGCAAAAGCAGGCUUGGAACAGCCAGGGAACAAGCAGUAAAUCUGGGAACAUUCAAGUGCAAGAGCAAAGGGAUGCUGCUCCUGAGGAACCUCAGGUGGCUGAAGACUCAUCUCUCGCAGCAUCUGUUGCGAGCGUCACUCCCGAGCCUCCGGAGGAGUACGCCUAUCCGGACUACCGGGGGAAAGGCUGCGUGGACGAGAGCGGCUUCGUCUAUGCCAUCGGGGAGAAGUUUGCGCCGGGCCCCUCUGCCUGCCCCUGCCUCUGCACUGAGGAGGGCCCGCUAUGUAUCCAGCCCGAGUGCCCCAGGCUCCACCCUCGCUGCAUCCAUGUGGACACCACGCAGUGCUGCCCGCAGUGCAAGGAGAGGAAGAACUACUGCGAGUUCCGAGGGAAAACCUACCAGACCCUAGAGGAGUUCAUGGUUUCCCCGUGUGAGAGGUGUCGCUGUGAAGCCAACGGUGAAGUGCUGUGCACGGUCUCAGCCUGUCCCCAGACCGAGUGUGUGGAUCCCGUGUAUGAGCCUGACCAGUGCUGUCCCAUCUGCAAAAAUGGUCCAAACUGCUUUGCAGAAACCCUUGUCAUUCCAGCAGGCCGGGAGGUGAAAACUGAUGAAUGCACUAUAUGUCACUGUACUUACGAAGAAGGCACUUGGAGGAUUGAACGGCAAGCGAUGUGCACUAGACAUGAAUGCAAGCAAAUAUAG